AGCGAUCCGGUCCGGCCCCCGUUCUGCCCCGCCUGCCUGUACAUGUACUCACUCGUCGACUUGAAAAAGAUAGAUACGCAUACGCAACACUUCCGCUGCCCUUCACUCGUCCGUGUGGCCAUCACCUCACCCACUCACACACACACACACACAUCCGGGGGAUGCAGAGGAAAAACAGCUGGCCUGAUUGCUCGCACAGACACACAGAUAUGUACACAGAGACGGGCAUACCUAAAACAGUUUGUUAGUAUCGACAGCCAGACAGACACCCAACGGCAGCCAGGCCGACUUGGAGCGCAAACAUACCGACAGGCAUGACAGCUAGAGUAAUGUGAGUCAUGUAAGUAAUGUGUGUAUAAACAUACACACACUUACUUACUUCGCUGCACACGCCCAUUCCCCCCGAACACACAUCAGACGUGCACAUACAUCAUCGAAGGAGACGGACGAUCCAUUCAGAGUGGGUCAGUGAGUGGCUGGCCACACAAUCAGUGUGAGUGACUCGUCACGCGGCAGCGGUCAGGAAUAUAGUAUAUAUAGACAAGACGGCUGGUCAGUCAGAAUCGUUAUGAUGCAUCGGUGCGGUUGGCGGGCAGCGCUGCAUGCACAUCCACCCACAUCGCUGGUGUCGUCUCUUUGCCUGCGAUCUGCGUGGAUGCACACACAACACCACCACACUGCACACGUGCCUACGCAAUGCCCACCACACCUGACGCAUCACACCACAGACACACCAUUCACACAAAACACCCACCCACACACAUGAGACGGAUACACACACCACACAAGAGACAUACACACAUAUAUGAUGACGCUUCGCUCGGACACACGAACGAAAAACCAAGGAUGUCUCCCCCCCUCCCUCCCCGGCCACUGCAUGCGAUCUGCGCUCUUCACGGAGGCAGGCAUCACACACUGGCCAGGGGGAACGGGGAGACACAUCCUCGCACUCAACCUUGCCCUCAACACACGCAGGCAGACAGGCAGGCAGGCAGGCAGUCAGGCAAGACGGGAAAAAUGUGGCAUCAAUCAAUCAAUGCAUUCAAUCUUGUCGUCUUGGUGCGAUGCAUUCUAUCUUCGCUCGAGGCCUCAGCAACAACGCGACACCGAUGGUAACAAAACGAUAGACAGCUGAGCCGUACCCACACACACUCACACACUCUCCUCUCUCUCGCGAACGAACACGCUACAAAAACCGACCGCAUCCAUCAUGGGCCAUCCAUCCAUCCACUGACCGACCUCCAACCGAUAUGCACACACGUAAAAACAUGGGAAGACAGAUAGAUACACCACGUUGCAUCACACCGCAUCGCAUGGCAUAGCGUAGAUAGACAAGUAGAGAACCAACCCCUCUCUCUGCCUGCCCUGCCUCCGUCUCAGUCAGCAUGCGGCGUCCUCCCUCCUCGCGACGGCCACGGCAGCAGGCCCCUCGCGCAUCGUCACGGCAAAAGGGAAGGGGCACAGCGGCUCCGUGCACGUCAGAGUGGGUGUGGCCGGGAACAUAUGCACCGCUGCUGCGUAUGGUGGGGGGAACGGGGGCGUGGUGCCUCCGCCGCAGGCGGCGGGAGAGAAGCUCAUGAGUGAGGGGAAGGGCGAGCACGGCUCGACGGGAGGGGCGGGGAGGGGCGUGGGGAGAGAGGGAGGGAUGUCGUUAAUCACCUGACAGGCAGGCAGGCAGACAGACAGCACAUGAAGUGCAUGUGUCCGACGUCAUCUGACCUCUCUCCUAACCUUGUUGGCGGCCCCUGCCUUGCCGUAAAGCCUCACGAGUGCGUCGAUCUCCUCGACAGUGUAGUGGGCCAGCCGCUGCAGGUUCACCGGCAGCGUCAGCCCACUGGUCUCAUCCACCUCAUCCCUGUCGUGGUUAUCGCCCACAGAGGACGAGCAGUGGCCGUCGGUGCUGCCCUCCUUGCUGGUCGUGGAGCUGGCCUUGGCGCGUGCCUUCGAGCGCCUGUUUUUGCCCCGUCUGCGGCGCUUGGGCUCGUGGAAGUCGUGGCAGAAGAGGCAGCUGCGGCCGUUCUUGCAGCCCUUGGUGUGGACGAACACACACGGCUUGCAGAGGCCUUGGCCGUGGAACAGAGAACCAACUGAACAAUGCAACGCAGACACAGAGAGAAACAUGCGAAAUGCCACUCAGCCCUGCCCAUCUCUCAUUACCUGAUGCGAGGGCUGUGGAGCCAUCAUCCUUCCCGUCCGCCCCGACGGCAGCGAUCGGCGUCACGACGCCCCUCUCCUCCCCCCAUGCACUCGACUCAGUGGACAGGCUGAAGCUCUUGGCAAACAGGGAAAACGGCGCGGCCGGCGGCGAAAGCGCAGAACCGCCGCCACUGCCCUCGACCGCCCGGGAGCUGCCGGACGCGGGGGAGCUGCUCACGCCGAGCACUCGGAACAGGUGGUCGGGCAGCAGGUGGGGGAUGGUCAGGCCGCUCCCGGCCGUCACGGACGCCGGGGCGUUGAGGGGAGAGGCGACUGGGGUGGGAGAGGACAUCGUAUGUACGGGGUCUUGUUGCAGCUGGCGGAAAGCCGAGAAGAGGUCGGGUAGUGCUGAUGGUGCUGUUGGCGAUGCAGCGCUGCCAUCUUUGCCAGCUGUCGGAGAGGCAGCCAGAGGGCUGGGGGCGCUGGAGGCGUAUGACAUUGGUGUUGUUUGCUGACCCUCACGAAGAGGUCAUGCGCUUGCUGAAGGCGUCUCGGUGUGUUUCUGGUGCUUUUGCUAGUCGGCAAUGGCGAAUGUAGUCGUCGUAGUCGUUCACAGCUUCGAAAUCGCCGCACUUUUCG